GUUAAAACAUGACUCGGGACCGCAUCCAACCUUCAACCACAAUGCCUCUUGUUGCCAUCCCAUUCAUACUUCUCAUCUCCGCCUUCCACGCCCCAUGUUCUGCAGCAAGAAGCACGAUUUUAGUCGGUGAUCGCCUCACCGGCGAUGACAGGCUCGUCUCUCGCAAUGGCAAGUUCGUGCUCGGCUUCUUCCAACCAGGCAGUGAGUACUCCUCCCAACAGACUCCCGCUCACUGGUACAUAGGCUUAUGGUUUGGUAAGAUACCCAAGUUAACCCCAGUAUGGGUUGCAAAUAGGGACAGACCAAUUGUAAACCUUGAAAUGUCGGAGCUCACGAUCUCCGAUGAUGGUAACCUUGUCAUUUUAAAUAAAGACACCAAAUCGACAAUUUGGUCGACCCAUGCUAAUAUCACAGCCAAGAACACUACAGUUGUGCUCAUGGACAAUGGGAACCUCAUCUUAGGAGAUGCAUCUAACUCAUCCAACGUCAUAUGGCAGAGCUUUGAUUACCCUACUGAUGGUCUGCUCCCUGGUGCAAAGCAAGGCGUGGAUAAGAUCACCGGUUUGACCCGUCACCUUGUUUCCAAGAAGAGCUUGAUUGAUCCAGCUCCUGGCCGUUAUUGUGUGGAAUUAGAUACCACUGGUCCUGGCCAAUUCCUCUACAAACUAUGCAACUCGUCCAUAGUAUAUUGGUCUAGUGGGGAAUGGAAUGGUCAUUACUUCAACUCGAUGCCAGAAAUGAAUGGAGACAAUCUUUUUACCUUUAAAUUUGUCAACAAUGACAAAGAGGAGUAUUUCAUAAAAAAUGUAACAGAUGACAAGCUGAUAUCUGUUAGCCUUUUGGACAUUACUGGACAGGAAAAGCAACUCAUCUGGGUUGAAAGUUCACAAGAUUGGGUGACGGUCUUCACCCAGCCUAAAGAUCAAUGUGAUGUCUAUGCUACAUGUGGACCAUUCACAAUCUGCAACAGCAACACAGCCCAAGUGUGUGAUUGCUUGAAGGGCUUCUCAAUAAGGUCACCUAAGGAUUGGAAGAUAGAGGACCGAUCUGGCGGGUGCAUAAGAAAUGUGCCACUGGACUGCGGUGCCAGGAAUCAAAGCAGAAAUGCAACAACUGACAAGUUCUACCCCAUGACAAAAGUCAAACUGCCUGCAAUGCCCAUAGUUAUAGAAGCUGUUGGGAGCAUAGACCAUUGUGCACAAGCUUGCCUAGAUAAUUGCUCUUGCAUUGCAUAUUCCUACAGCGACAGAUGCUCCCUCUGGUAUGAUGACUUGCUUAACAUCAAACAAGGCGAUAUUGGAACUACUAGAAAUGAAGAGGUUCUCUACUUACGCAUCUCUGCCAAGGAUGCAGAAAGUUGGAGAAAUACAAAGAGAGGGAAGGGGGUUAUUUGGGCUACUUCUGCUGCAAGUGUCGUUGCUUUGCUUUUGUUGGCAGUUGUCAUGUGGUUUCUGCUAAUAUGGAGGAGCAAGAGAAAGCACACUACCGGCAUGUACAAUAAUGCACAAGGUGGCAAUGGAAUUGUAGCUUUCAGAUACAUUGAUCUGCAACAUGCAACCAAAAAUUUCUCAGAGAAGCUAGGGGGAGGGAGCUUUGGAUCUGUAUUCAAGGGGUUACUAACUGACUCUACAGCUAUUGCGGUGAAAAGGCUUGAUGGUGUCCGUCAGGGAGAGAAGGAAUUCAGAGCCGAAGUGAGUUCAAUUGGAAUCAUCCAACACAUCAAUUUGGUUAAACUAAUUGGCUUUUGCUGCAAGGGCAGUAUGAGACUGCUUGUGUAUGAAUACAUGCCAAAUCUUUCCCCCGAUGCACAUCUCUUCCGCAGCAAUACAGAGUUACUAAGCUGGAGUGUCCGUUACCAAAUAGCCCUUGGAAUUGCAAGAGGAUUAGCAUACUUGCAUGAUAGUUGCAGGGAUCGUAUCAUACACUGUGAUAUCAAGCCACAGAAUAUACUUCUUGACACCUCAUUUGUACCUAAAGUUGCAUACUUUGGUAUGGCCAAAUUUCUAGGGAGGGAUUUUAGCAGAGUUUUGACUACAUUUAGAGGAACUAUAGGCUAUCUUGCACCUGAAUGGAUCAGUGGAGUGGCCAUUACACCAAAAGUGGAUGUCUACAGCUACGGUAUGAUGUUGCUUGAAAUAGUAUCAGGUCGGAGCAACAAUACAUGUAAGGAGAAUAGCAGCACUGGUGAUCAUUCGGCUUAUUUCCCGGUUCAAGUUGCAAGGAAACUUCUCGAGGGAGACGUUGCGAGCUUGCUGGAUGACAGGUUACAUGGUGAUGUUAACUUGGAUGAAGCUGAGAGGGUCUGCAAGGUGGCCUGCUGGUGUAUCCAAGAUGGCGAAUCCAAUCGACUGACCAUGGGUGAAGUGGUUCAAAUCCUUGAGGGUUGACAUAAGCGGGCG